AUGGGCGGACCGGGUGCCAAUCCUACACCAAAAUCAGCAGGGGCCUCUGCUCCCAAACUAGUUGUCGCCGCUCCUGCAGCUGCUGGAACUCCCGCACAGUCUAGUAGGACACCGAAGAUACUGGAGGUUUUGCACAAUGUCACAGAUGUUCCAAUGGAUGAGCUUACUCCUGAUGCGACACUCGAAGAGAUUGGAAUCGAUUCUCUCUUGGUUACUGAAGUCUUGAACGAGAUUCAAACUGCUUUUGGCCUUGAGAUUGACCUCAACACGUUCCUUUUCCUUCCAAACGUCAAGGCUGUGUGUGACCAUAUUGAUUCUGCCCUAGGAGUCGUCCCAAGCGCAGCUGUUGAAGCUUCUGCUCCGGUCGAAACAAAAGUCAAUGGCGUUUCCAAAGUAAGCGCGUCGCCUGCUAUCCCAGAAGGUGAUUCAACGCCAUCGUUCCAGCGUGCUCAGAAGCUCUUUGCAGAAAACAAAGACAGCUAUGAAAGGGCUGCUUUUCAGACCAAAGCUGUGGGAUUCUGGAAGGAAUGCUACCCUCGUGAAGCUGCGCUUGUGCUAGCAUACGUCGUGGAAGCAUUUGCCAAGUUAGGCUGCGACAUGUCUGCCCUCAAAGCUGGAGAUACUGCCCCCAUGAUUCCACAUUUGUCUAAGCACAAGCAACUUGUGCGCCAACUGUACCGGGUGCUCGAAGAUGGUGGACUCAUCAAUGUGAAUGAUCAAGGCCACUUCAUCCGCACAUCAAAGCCUGUCGAUCCUACGCCAGCAUCGACCAUAUAUGAGGAAAUCAUUCCAGCAUUCCCACUCCACGCUAGCGUGCAUAAAGUCACUGGGGCUGUUGGAAAGGAGCUCGCGGGGUGUUUAACUGGUGAGAAGGAUGGUCUUCAAAUAGUGUUUGGUAACAAAGAGAACAAGAAAACCCUCGACGAUCUCUACGAGAACUGGCCUCUUGUACGCUCUGGGACGAUCGCAUUGGGUGAGUACCUUGAGAAAGCCAUGGCAAACCCAGAUAGACCUGGUAAAUUCCGCAUACUGGAAGUUGGAGCUGGUACAGGUGGUACAACUAAGUACAUUGUUCGCCACUUGCAGAAGUUAGGUAUUCCCUUCGAGUAUGUCUUCACAGACUUGUCAGCAUCGCUCGUUGCAGCCGCCAAGCGUACAUUCAAAGACUGUCCUGAGAUGGAAUUUAAGACAUUGGAUAUCGAGAAAGAGCCAAAAGAAUCUUGGGUUCACUCAUUCCAUGUCGUCAUCUCAACGAAUUGUAUCCACGCGACAAGAAACCUGACCACAUCAUUGACGACGAUUCGUAAGCUUCUUCGAGAUGAUGGUGUCGUAACAUUGGUCGAGAUUACCCAAAACAUGUUCUGGCUGGAUAUUGCUGUUGGGUUGUUCGAGGGAUGGUGGCUAUUCGAGGAUGGUCGAGAGCAUGCAGUAACACAUGAGUCGCUUUGGAAAGAACACAUGCUCCGCGCUGGAUUUGCCGCAGUGGAUUGGACAGACGGUGAAGAACCCGAAGCACGUACCAUUCGUGUUAUUGCAGGGUUUCCUACAAACUUAAGUGCUUGA